CGACGAAGAUGGAGUGCGCUGUGAUCGGACCACCGGUCGUUGUCGCCGUCCCGACGUUCACAACCGAGUGCGCCAGCGCCGACUGUCGACAGGCGACCGCCGGCAACUUUACGCCGGGCGCGAUGGCGUCGUGCGUCUGGCUCCCGGACGGCCGCGUCGUACGCGGUGCAAACCUCACGACGAUCGACCCGACAGCACCUGCGAUGUACCAAGCGCAGGCCGGUGUAGUCAAGAACGUCCUUGCUGGCGGCGUCCGCGUCGAGUACGUCCGCGACUUGCCCAACAGCGUGCAGGGCAUCGUGCUCGCCGACCUCGGGCUCACUGGCGUCAGUAACUCGUUAAGGACAGACCGCAACGGCACGCCACUCGCCGUGACGUCGCUCAGCUUCAGCGGCAAUGCGCUCCGGAGGUUUGACGCGACCGUGCCCGAAGCGCUGCUCUCCCUGGACUUGUCGUACAAUGCCCUUGAGUACGUCAACAUUGCCCAAGGCUACCAUCCCAAGCUCCAGGACUUAGACCUCGCGGGCAAUGCGCUGACGAACGAGAGACUGCUCAACGCCAUGACGUACCCCAACACACUCACUACCUUGGCUCUUGGACUGAACGCCUUGCGCGCCUUCCCGGUGCAAGUGCUGCAAAAGCUGCCGGUGCUCCAGACGCUACUACUCAACUCGAAUCCGCUCGGGAGCUUGCCACCCAGUGUAGCGUGGCCGCCGCUCUUGGUCCAGCUGUCCCUCCGCAACACGAGCUUGACGGUGCUCGAGGCCAGUUUUCCGUCGACUCUGCGCUUUUUGGAUUUGCAAACGAAUGCCAAUCUCCAGGCCAUUUAUGCCAACGCCUCGCAGCUCGCGCUCCUUCGCAACACAACCGUCCGGCUCCCGCUGCUUCUCGAGCUACCGCACUAUCGCUGUAACGAGAGCCGCGUGCUCCGCACCGAGUACAUCGAGCACACGACCAAUGGUCGGACGCAGUCAUUUCCCAUCUGCGUCGUCGCCGACACGAUCGUGCCAGCGAUCAAGCCGGUCAUCAACGUUGGCACGUGGAUCGGGGCGAUCGCGGCCGUCGCUCUUGUCGCUCUCGGCAUCAUCGUGUACCUCGUGUGGCGGAGUCGCGCCCAAGCCAAGCGCCAGGCCGAGCUCCUCCAGCAAAAUGCGUCGCUGCUCGCCUCGUCCGCGGCCAACAAGCCGCAGUGGUACGAAGAGUCGGGCGACGCUGCUGCUUACUACCAUGUCGUCGAGAGCGCGCGCUUGACGUACGACGUGCGCUUUGACGACUACCUCGCGCCGUACCGGAUCACGGUCAAGGACCUGGACCGUCACGUCGUGAUUGCGCGCGGCGGCUUUGGCGUUGUGUACUAUGGCACCCUGCGCGGCACGACGCCCGUCGCGAUGAAGCGCAUGCUGCCUCACUUUAUCGACAGCGCCGAUGCGAUCGAAGAGUUUAUGAACGAGAUCCGGCUCUACGCGCACCUGAGCCACCCCAAGAUUGUCCAGUUCAUCGGGAUCACGUGGACGACACUGUACAACAUCUCGAUGGUCACCGAGUUCAUGCCGUUUGGCGACGUGUGGAGUCUUCUGGAAGCCAAUGGGAAGAAUCGGUCGUGGCACGAACGCUUGCAGCGCGACCCAAUUUUGGCCGCCAAAGCGUCGCUAGGGACACCGUCGACGGCACCUAACAGCAACUCGGCGACGACUGAGCUCCCGACCGUCGACGACCGUCGUGGCCAUACGGGCCCGCCGUCGGUGCCUGCGAUCGCGGCUGGCGUCUCCCGCCUGAGUAUUCUCACCGACGUCGUCGACGCGAUGGUGUAUCUGCACAGCUUUCCGACGCCCGUGAUCCACCGCGACAUCAAAGCCCGCAACGUGCUCCUCGGGCCGCACUACGAAGCCAAGUUGACCGACUUUGGCACGAGCCGCCUCCGCGUCGACGAGCUCACGAUGACGGCCGAGAUCGGCACGUCGGCGUGGAUCGCCCCCGAGGUUCUCAAGGGUGUCCGGUACACGGAGAAGGCCGACAUGUACUCCUUUGGGGUGAUGAUGACCGAGCUCGACACGGUCCAAGUGCCGUACGCCAAGGUGUACAUGGAACCCGGCUGUACGCUGGCGCUUGCCCGCGCGCGGAUCGCGAUGUUGGUAGCGAGCGGCGACUUGGUGCCGGAGUUCACAGCCGAGUGCCCCCCGGGUAUCGUCGCGAUCGGGAUGCAAUGCCUUGCGCACAAUCCGGACGACCGGCCGUCAGCGACCGACGUGGCCAAGCUGCUACAGCAAUACCACUUGCGUCAACUCCUCGGCACCAACUAGUGUGCCGGUGCUAUUUAAUUUACUUGCUCUGAUGGGACAUCAUCAUCUUGCCCCUACCACGACACGGGCCCGCCCCGUUCGUGCGACUGAAAUGAC